AUGAGAUCACACUGUUCAGGGCAAAAUAGUUAUGAGAAUCCUGUUAGGUGGCAAGCUCCUCCAAUGGACGUGAUUAAAGUUAAUACUGAUGCAUCAUUUUGCAAAGUAUUAUGUAAGGCUGGAGGUGGAAUGGUUUUGCGUGAUCAUAGGGGAAAGGUGUUGCGAUUGACGUCUUUUUUCUUUCUAAGAGUUUUGGAUUCGUUAGUGGCUGAAGGUUUGGUACUUCGAAAGGUUAUGGACCAAGUUAUUCAUUGGGGUUACAGUCUUAUCGUGUUUGAGAUUGAUGCAGAGGUCAUUGUUAAGGCUGCGAUGUUGGAUGUGUCUUCAUUUCUUUUACUUAGCCCUCUAGUAGAAGAUAUUCGUGAAUGGCACCCUGAUUUUGAUUUGGUAUAUACGCUUAUAGUAGGGAAUGAGAUUGCCCAUACAGUUGCUGUUUAUACUUUACAAGACAAAAGGUCCGCCUCUGGAUUGGACAGUGUUGCCAAGCGCCCCGGGUUUCAAUAA